AUGGCCACCGCCAAUCCCUUCGAUCUCCUCGGAGACGAUGACAGUGACGAUCCGUCGCUGCUGAUUGCUGCUCAGCAGCAGAAAAUCGCCGCCAAGAAACCAGCCCCUGUGGCAGCUGGAGCCACUAUCGGGAAGCUUCCGGCGAAGCCCCCCCCUCCUGCCCAAGCUGGUGAGCCUCUCCAGAUUAAGUUUCUAUCCUUUUUGCAGGAAUUAAUGAUUGUCUAAACUCGUUGGUAUUAAGCACUGCGACCGGAUUCGAGGUUUAAUUUGCUCGUCGUUGAAUCUGUUCAUGCUCGGGGACCCUUCCAUGUUCCUCUCAAAGUGAUGGCAUGAAAAAGUUUUCCAUUUGUUUCGUUUGCUCCUAUUUCAGUAAAGGAUAUCAGGAGCGGCAGCGCACCAACGCGUGGUGGUUUUCCUGGCGGCAUUGGUGGUGGCCGAGGCGGUCCGGGGCGUGGUAGAGGUGGCCGUGGAGGCGGCCCUGGCCAGGGCAGGGACUUUGAAAAUGGGAACUUAAACGGGUUGUCGGGAGGUUAUGGCGGCGCCGGUGGCGGGGGAGAAGAUGGUGACAAGGGCAGGCCUCUGGACAGGGAGCGUGCUCCCUUCGGUGGCCCACGUCCGCCGUUCCGUGGUGGCCGCCGCGGUGGAUACGGGGGUGAGGAGGCUGGUGGAGAUUCUGACCAGCCCCCGAGAAGGGUGUACGAGCGUCGCAGUGGCACAGGCCGUGGUUAUGAAAACAAGCGUGAGGGCUAUGGGCGUGGCAAUUGGGGUAAACCGACCGAGGAUGCUCUUGCACAGUUGAGUUCGUCACCGCGUGUUUCUUGCGCUUGUCUUUUUAUCACUGCAGAGUAUUACGCAAUCUCUGUUUCGUUCGCUGUAGGGAAGCUGAGGAAGGUGCAAAUACUGAAGUCAAGGCUUUGACACCUGAGAAGCAGCAUGAUCAGGAAGUUGCCCCGACAUCUGAAGAAAAAGAUAUCAAAGAAGGAGCAACUAAUGAGAAUGAGGAAAAGGAACCUGAAGACAAGGUAACAUUUGGAAUGGUUAAAGCUGCGGUUUACUGACAUUGAAUCUCUUAGUUAUCUCCAGAGUUGUAUCAGCGGUUUUCAUUUGGGUUUUUCUAUUAGGAAUCCAGUCGUCUGUCAAAGAUAUGCUUCGUAUUGUUUUCGUUUAGUAUGAUUUAAAAUGGGGAAAUCAUUCGAUUGUGUUGAUUUUACCUUUACAUUCUUUCAUUCUUUUGUGCUGAUUAGUAACUCUUUCAUGAUCCAAGGUCAAUGUGUUUCCAUGCCUUACACCGAGUUGAAGUUAGCUUUAGAAUUUAUAAAUUACUUUUGAAGUAGGAAGCAGUAGUUUCUGAGGAAUCACUUGGAGAGUAUAUUGCCAGUUACGACUCUUAGUUCUUGGGCAAAUCGGAUGCCGAUGUUACAUCUGGCUAGUAUCGUACAUUACCUUGAUCACAAUUGGAUAUUUUUGGCCCGAAUAAACUUUGGGCGUAAUAUAUCGAAAAGGGCUAUAUUGCUUUGUGACAAGCAUCGUCUGGGUUUACAGUCCUUGUAUUGUGAUUCAAUAGAGGACUAAUGAAUUGUGAUCACUGUUUUGUAGUCAGGUUGAUCACAUGUUUCCUGCGUUCUGUGCCCUUAUAUAUGAUAGUGAUUGUUAAUCAAACAAUGCACUCUAUAAAUACAUCAUCUAAGAUAGGUGGUGGUGUCGAAGAGACAGAACUGCUGACAACAAUUACUUCUCGAGUAGCGAAAUAAGAGUGGAACAGUUGAGAAUGUGAAGAAUAUGAAAUCUUUACACCACUUACUGCCUUGCCUUACUCUGCCAUCAUGGGUUUGGUAUCUCAUAUGGCUCCAGUUUUUUUGAGGUCUGAAUGCUUUUGGUGGUUGGAUAGUCUUCAUUGAUUGAUGUUUGACUUAAAACCAUUUUGAUGUGACGAGUCAUUCAGGUAAAAUGUGUCCAUCUUCUCGGAACUUCUGCUAACAUGUUGUUUUCUGCUUGCAUCCGUAGGUUUGUCAUCGUUUUUCUGAUUGCGAUGGGAAAUGUUUUUGAACGAUACAUCUUAUCAAAUUAGGUGUCAGAAAAAGAUAGCCAUGAUUCUUGUCCUAUGAAAAUCUUGUGAUAAGGAGAGAUUAUAUCGUUCUCCACAUGGUGCAUCUAUCCUGUUCUUUCAUGUUCAUUCAUGUAACUGGUAUUAUGCGGAACUUUUCCCAUAAAUUUCUUCCAUUUAUGAAUUUAUCUCAUUUAAUGCAACAUUGUUUACCCCAGCUUGGAGAAAUACUGUUUUAGAGAACGCGUGUUGACCUAUAUGUAGCUUGGCGUCAAGUUCCUUCAUUAUUGAUCCUCAACCUUUACUUAUUUUUCCCAAGUGCGAGAUUGAUCAUGAUAUUUUCGUGCAAUGUUCAGUGUUCUUUCCUCAGUUGUGAUAUCUUUCCUGCUAGCUGGCGUUUCUGUAUGACCAUUCAUAUUUUUCGUCGCCAUAUUCUCACGUUGAAGAUAUUUCAAUAAAAAUUAUGUUUUCUGGUUGCCUUUUUAGGGAUAUAAUUUACCGAUGGCUUUCUGUUUAAGUUUCUGUUAUUUGAAUACUAGAUUAUCGUGACUUUCAUUAUUUCGACAUGAAUUACCAACGGAUAAUUCAUGUCGAGGAAACUACUAGUCAUUGGUCUAAUGUACGCCACACUGAAGACGAGUUUUAGGACUCAGAGGAAAACUUUAAACGGUUAGUGAUGAAGUUUUUCAAUCCGAAAAUAGUUCGGAUCAUUGAUCCCCAUCAGAUCUAACCUGAUCCUUGUCUCAGUCCCGAAUCAUUCAAAUUCGGCGGAAGCCAGACAUCUGCAAAUCGAUUCAAAGUAGUAUACACCUUUUGUUUCCCUGAAGUUCUAAAGUAUUUGAAACUUCUUUAUUUUAAGAUCUAUGGCAUUGGGCAUGACCCAUUUCACGGCAAGGUUUAUUCAUGAAAAUUGUCUUGAUUCAGCUGAUUGCGACCGAAUAUUUGCACGAGCUUCAUCUCGCAGUUAUCAUUCUUCUUUAUGAUAUAUUGAGUUCUUAUGAUUUUUCUCAGUUUCAGUUUUUGAUGAUGAUCCAACUCUUAGGGUGGGUAUGGUUGUUUCUGGGUAGUUGGCGUAGAAUUGCGGUAGAAAUUACGCCAUUUUUGUGCAACGUUGGAGAUUUGUUUUUAUCCUUUUCGUCCCGAUUUUGCAUCGUCAAAAUAGAGCUCCAGAUAACCAUGGAUUUCAUAUGGGCAACGCUUAAUCUCUUGCGUCUCUGAGAGGCCUACAAACUCUCAUUUUCAUGCUUUUUUUAGUCCUUUACAAUGGCCGACUGAUGAGCCGUUCAGUGGCGAUGGUGAUGCGCAUUGACCAUCCUAAACCGGAAUUAGUUUUCGGAAGCACAAGAAUAUCUAAUCCUGUCCUCCCUAUGAGAACGAUGUGGCAUCAGAUGCUGCAGAUUAUAUUGGGUCUUGCCUCUUCCUGACAGCAUCUCUCUCUCUCUCUCUCUCUGUGUCUCUCUCUACCUGGUUCUAUCCAACAGGAAAUGACUUUGGAGGAGUACGAGAAAAUAAAGGAGGAGAAGCGGAAGGCAUUACUCGCGCUGAAGGCAGAAGAGAGGAAAGUCGACAUCGACAAGGAGUUGGCCUCAAUGCAGCAGCUUUCCGUCAAGAAGGGGAACGACGAUGUCUUCGUCAAGCUGGUAAGGCCUUCACCCAGAUAUAGAACGGUAACUCUAUGAGGGUAGAGGCAUGAUUUCUAUACCCAGCAGCAGCAGCUCUUAAUCGUCUCCCUCUCGGGUCGCUUUAUUAGGGUUCCGACAAGGACAAAAAAGGGAAAGAAAAUGCCGACCGCGACGAACGGGUCAAGAAGGUAUGCAUACAUCUGCUUCGUUCUUUGAUGCACAAUUUGGUUGAACCAAUCGUGUGAAAGUGGCUCCUUUGACUCCUGCUUCCAAUUCCAGUCUCUGAGCAUCAACGAGUUCCUGAAACCUGCGGAAGGAGAGAGGUACUACACUCCCGGGGGACGCGGCCGCGGGCGUGGCCGUGGCCGUGGCCGCGGCGGCGAUUACCAGGGCGGCGGUUUUGGAGGCGGCGGCGGCGGCUAUGCUGCUGGCCCAACCUUUGCAGCUCCGGCAAUCGACGACCCCGGUCAUUUCCCCACCCUGGGGGGUAAGCAGUGA